GGCGCAAGUAGAGAGGCCGCCAUUUACAUAUGUGUAUUGUUAGUAUUGCUCUAGCUAAUGCAGUAGAUCGCAGUAGAAUCUUCUGUUUGAUUGCACGUGGGGGAAGGGGGUCAGAAUAUGCGUUCAAAGAAGCCCGUGUGGCUGCUGUUCAAGGUGCUCGAACUGGUGCUGAGCUUUUGCUGCUGCUACAUUCACUGGCGUUGCUUCCAGGACGAAGGCAUACCGCACAUAUUCCUGCUGUGCGCCUCCUACGGCGGCUCCUCCAUCAUCUGCCUGCUGGCCAUCAUCGGGAUGUUCUAUGCCGAGAAGCCGACAAUGCAGGUGGAGUCCGCCUUCAGCGGACUCUUUGGCACCCUGCAUCUAGUCACCAUCUUUGUUCACAUGUAUCUGGCGCUGCACGGCAACAAGCUGCUGUACCUGAAGAGUCAGGGGGCGAACUGGCAUGGCUACUAUAUCUGCUGCCGGGACAAUGCCACGGUGGCGCUGUACGCAACUGCCGUUUACUACCUACAUUGCACCUUUGCUCUGGACCUGAUGUUGACACACAGGAGGACCAAGUUUGUGGAGUGCCCGGACGGGACUGUGCGGAAACAGCCGAAGCAUACGCGGCGCAGCAUGCGUCCGCUUAAGCUCUAUUUCAUCAGUAAAGGCGUUGACAACUAUCUGAAUCGCUUCCGUUGGUUUCCCCUGCUCACGGCCAACAUGCUGAUGAGCACUCAGCCAUCCCAGAAGACGCUGGAUGUGUCCUCCAAUUCAAACGAGGCAUUUGAAUUGACACCGCAACUAAAUAUUAACUGAUGUGUUUUACUAGUUUUAUUUGCAAGAACUUACAUUUUUAAAUUUACAACGGCGGUUAUCGUGCACCCUGGCUGCAAUCAGCUGUUUUUGGCCCUACUACAACACUAGUCUUCUGAACCGCGCACUUUGACAGCUGUUCGUUUUGAUUCUUGCGGUAUUUUGAAGUUUCGCCGUUGUUGUAAAUGUGCCGGUUCUGUAAAUUGCAACUGAAAUUGUGGCUCCUUCUGGGAAACUCCAACUUCAAUGGUGAUGGCGAUGGCGAGCGGUGCGGAGGACCCCAUCGACGUUAUAUGCCAGAACAAUGUCCUCACUCAAAAUAAAGUUCAAGCCGCUCAAAACGCCAGCUGGCUGGAGAAUU